AUGGUUAUGUAUCCUCCUGUUAUCAUUCCAGGCGCAGCGUACGCUAUGGCCUUCUCUCUGAGCAACGUGUUGACGACUGUGGAAGUGCCCCAGCUUCUCCUGGAAAAAUUCGGACUGAAUACAGAGCAGCUGGGACUGGACUUCAAUUUUUCCGCUAGCGUUGGGGUGUUCAUCAUCAUCACGUUUGUCCAGCAAAUCUGGGGCUUCCUGGGUCCCUCCUGGUUUCCACCCAUGUUCGAAAAUGUCGUGGUAGCCGCCAGUUCUGGCGUUGGCUGCGCUCUCAUCGUGGGCGUCCGGGUAAUUCCAACACUCAUCCUGCAUUUUAUGGGGCGGGCAUGGCGUCCAGCGAUCGAGUAA